GCACCUCCAAACCUGCUGUGCUGGUGUGGGUGGCUCUGGGUGCCCAUAAUGCAGUACUCCCCACCCCAGCAGGAUCUGACCCUGUGGUUGCCCUCCACCAGGCCCUGUGCGAUGGGGGGAGAGGGAGGAGGAGUCUUUUAGUUCAGUCUGGGGUGCACUGGGGUUCAGUGACUCCUUCCUCCUCCCCAGUGACCUGACUGGGGAACAGCCCCCUGUCUCCCCACACUGCUAUCCCUACCAAGCACCCCUGGGUGCAGCAAGCAGCAUGGGAAGUGGCUGUGGCUUCCCCUCCUAAUGCUUUAAUCCACCCCUGAUCCGCAGUGCCCCUGGAGCACUCGGUCCCACUGACCUUGCAGGCACUGGCCCCAGGAAGGGACCCAGUGUUGCUGGGCACCGUGGGGCACAGCCUGCCACAGCCACCCACCCAUGGCCUCCUUCUUCAUGACUGCCCUGAAGAGCUUCCAGAGGGGCGAGGAGGAGCCACCCAAGGGCCCCCCCAAGGAUGGCAGGGCGGGCACGCUGCCCAACGGCAUGGCCCGCGAGGAGUUUGAGGAGUACCAGCGGCAGCUGCUGGAGGAGAAGAUCGAGCGGGACAAGGCCUUUGCCCAGAGGAAGGCGGGCCGGGCUGCCGUGCGGAUGCACCUGCGGGACAAGUAUCACCUGGCCCAGGACGAGCGGGACGAUGCCCAGCUGCAUGUGGCUGGGGGCACGGCGGAGCUGCCGCAGGAGCUGGCUGCCAUGGUGCAGGGUGAGGAGGAGGAGGAUGGAGACGCCGGGGUCUUCACCUUCCUGACGAAGCUGCGGGAGGUGGAGCUGCCGGCGCUGCGGGACCGUGCGCUGGGCGGUGUGGAGGGGGUGAAGGAGAAGUGCUCCCUGAUGUAGCAUCGCUGCGCGGGGCCCUGCCGGGGGUGACAGCAGCAGCGCUGGGGCUCAGUUCCUGCAUGCCCAGGAGUGAUGAGAUGAGGGUGUCUCGGGAGGCGCUGCCUGAGGGAUCCGAUCCAUGUGCUGGGUCUGGGUUUCCUCCCCAAAACCAUUCCCUGUUACCUUUGCGGAGUGCACUGAGUCAGUGCGGAGAUGCAGGACGCCUGAGUCCACUCUGGUCUUGCUGUCUGAGUCCCUCCCCCACAGUACCCCUGGUGUGAGUCCUGAGAUGGGCAGGCAGUAGUCUCUGAUGCUCCGUCACCCCCAGGAACCCACCCUGGGGCCUCACAAAGUGUUUGCCUCAAUAAACAUAGUGUU